AUGAUGCAACUGCAACGAAGAGAAAUAUUCAAGUCUCUACUAGAAAGAGAAGUAUUUAUUUACCCCGAAUGGAAACCCUAUGUUUCCAAGGUUUUUGAUGCUGGCAUUCUAUCAACUGAAAUAUUGAUGGAUACACCACGUGAAGUGAUAAGCAGGUUACAAUCUAUACCACAGGCUCCAUUGGACCGCUUAAUAAAGUUGGCCACGAAUCUACUUGAAAUGACGGUAAAGAAUCUUAACAGUACAUAUUCCCAACCGCUAUCGUCAAAUCGUCUCGUCACCGAUUUUGAGUUUGUUCCUGCUUUUACAUAUCUACAAUAUUUGAAAUCCACACCAUUAACUGACAAAGAAAAUGAAUUGAAAAGGGCAAUUGCAAAGGUAGACAGUAUUGAUUAUGCUACUGAUGGUUUAUUGAAACAUGAAGCGGUAUUUCUCGCACUUUAUUGCCAAGAAUCAAGCAAUCGAUGUGAAUCUUUUUAUACGGUAGUAAAUCGAGCUGUCAAAAAUCGCGACAGUGAAAAUUUUCUCAACUCGAGAUCAGCACUCUAUAUAUUAGACUCCUGUUUUCGUCAUCUUCCAUCUAUUGAAACAGUAGCAUGGCAUGGAAUGAAUACAGCUCCGAACUUGUCAAAAUUUCAAAUUGGCGGUACCGUUUGUUUUAGUGGUAUUUGUAGUUCAUCCACUGAUAAAGAUGUUGCUGCAACAUUGAUGGAAAUGGUACCCCGCAGUCCAGAUCAUAAAAGAACCCUAUACAAACUGAAUAUCAAGAAGGGAAACUCCAUUAAGACAUACAACGCAUUUGGAGAUAAAAAAGAAGUUGUUGUUGGAUUUUGUUCCAAAUGGAAAGUUUUGUCUGUUGAAACAAAUAAGUACGAACUCUUCUCGUUUGGUGAAUAUCAAUGUGAUUAUUUUGUUGAACUUGAGCAGCUCGAUAGUGAACCACUUUUCGCUGCGAAUCUCAAGCUAAUGGGUUUAGAUUUACUGGCUAAAAUUGAUUAUCAUUCAUUGGACUCUAUAAUUGAAAAUAGUUUAAAUGUAUUCAUGGUGGAUUUUAUUUCUCAAUUGGAUGAUCGAGCCAAGAAGAUAUUGCAACAACACUUACCACAGUAUUGGAAAGAAAUGUCUGAUUGUUUUAAAGAUUGUAUACUGUAUAAUGUUGAUGCACGUGAACAAUUGAAAAAUUGUUUAGUUGGCUUGUCUAGUUUAGUUGAGGAAUUUGAUAGCAAUAUGAUAGACGUCAAGCGUGGGUUAUUUUUAUGCGAUAGACAUGAAAUCUAUAAUAGUUUCGAUCUACUUUACGUGAAGACUGGUGAAGUUCGAUCUAUCAAUGAUUUCGUUAGUAUGGGAUUUACAAAUGCGGAAGCUGAAAAAUUAUUUUGUCAAGAGGAACAUCGAGAGGAGCUCGUGCGCUAUUAUGCCAUGGCUAAUUUUAAAGGCACAUUUGAUUCUCCAAAAAUCGUGUCUACCUUAAUGAAAAAUUUAAGAUUAAUGCAUUAUAUAAAACGUGAUGGAUUAGUCAUAGGACUGUCAGGUUUAGCACGAAUCUCUGUUAGAGGUGCUAAAUAUGCUCUUACAGGAAAAGAGUUGGGAUAUUUUCAAUUGCUAAGUUAUAGAAUCAUGAACAAAGUAUUCAUCUAUAAUGCAGGUCCGUCCGAUUAUAUCGUUGCAGGAGUAAUAUUAGCCAUACAAGUUGGAUCUUACUCAUUACAGUUAUGGCAUGGCGAUAUUACAUCAAAACAAUUUUUAAAAGCUAUCUGUGUUUCAGUAGUUGAUACAAUAGCUGGAUGUUUCGGUUCAGCGGCAGGAAUGUUAACCGGUUAUGUUCUAGCAACUUUGAUUGGUGGCCCUGUUACGACAAGCAUUGCAAUUGGAACAAUCGUUGGUGGUUGUCUCGUUGGAUAUGGUGCACAAGCUUUGUCUCGAUGUUUCAUAGAAAAAUAUUGUUGUGAUGGAGACGAGGAAGAAAUUAACGCACAACGUAAAUGGUAUUUAAAUGCUCUGAAUGUAUUAAAUUGUCUACCAGACACUACACUGGAUAAUGUUAGACGAAGUUAUUAUCGGUUAGCGCAAGCAAAUCAUCCAGAUAAGUGUCCAGAUAAAGAAGCAGCAACAGCAAAAUUUCAAUCGAUUGUUGUAGCAUUUGAAAUUGUAAAAAGUUAUCAUGAAGUGUUGAAUGAAUCAUGUGAGAUACUAAAUAUGAAACUGAAGGAUAUCAAUGUCAAUGUUUUGGAGCAAUGGAAGGCAAAGAAUACACAAGCAAUACAGAAUAAUGAAAAAAUAAGUAGAGCGUAUCGUAUUGUUUACCGACAAGUUGCAUACACAAGCGACAAUUGGAAAGGUCUUCGAGCGUGGCUUGAUGGCGAUCAGAAAUUGAGUUUACAGAAGCCUAUGUUAGCGAUCCCUUUUUCAACAUAA